CAAUAAUUAGCACGUGAAAAAGUUGCAGCUACGCGGGAAUGACAGUCGGCAAAUUGGCUAAGAAGACGUCGAGACGCGCUCGGAAGUGCUUGUUGCGGUCGUUUGCCGCGUCUCCUACCCGCUCUGUUGUUGUCCUCCCUCUUGGUUACUGCUCUGCUUCUCCCGUCCAUCUCAUAAGUCCAAUCGCCUUCUGCGUUGGCUCGUGGACAAUUGGAGAACGUGGCAGUUGACAGAGGAAAGACAUAAAGAGAGAAGAAAAGGGAGAGAACUCGGACGCUAAUUAGUGCAGUGUGUUUAAACUCACUAAGAAGCAACGAGAAGGGAUAGGAGAAGGGUCUCGCACCUCCAGUCAUUGAGCUUCUGGAUUGCUAGGUACUUUUACGUUCCGUUAAAUAUUACAUUAAGUUCACGGGACUCGAAUUUUAGUGAGCCCCGUUCGAUCAACUCCAGGCGUUGAGGUCUCUCUCGUAAGGGGGAAUAUGGCUCACAUUGAGACCAAGGACCCGUUCGGCUUCGUGGGCUCGCACGUUGUGCGAAAACAGCCUCGGAAGGGCGGGGAAGAACAUGGGUGGCUCACAAGGUACGACGAGGUCCUGGACUGCUAUACGCUGUUCGUGCCUGGAGGAGGAGAGCCCAGAUUGUUGGCGCGAGGAGAGGUGAUGAAGUUCCUGUCGGCGCCAAAUGUUGAGCUUCAUGAUGACGACCAGGACGAGUUCCCACCACCUGUAAAAGACACCAGCACCAGUCGGUAUUUGGGGGUGAAGCUACGUCGACCUCCGCAACAUUCAAGAGAUGAUGAAAACACUAUGGAUGAAGAUAUACGGGGCCAUGUUACAUGUUUCCUGCCUUUUGGAGACCGAUAUUGUGUUGAGUAUGAGGACGGCUCGGCUGAAGAAAUGUCCGAGUCUGCAGUCAUUGACGGCAUGAUUGCACUGAUCAAGUCGCCAUUCUUCUCAUCUCCUAGUCAUAAAAACACACGGAAUGGAUCUAUCAGAACUAGAAGAAGUAUUGAGGAACUGGAUGGAGAAGUCACCGUACCAGUGCGACGGAAGCGACAGCGGGUCAAGACACUUAGUGACGAAGAAGUCCAGGAAAUCCCGAACGGAUCUGUAGCUGUGGUUGAGAACGUGGCUGACCAGCAACAGGAUAAUGAUGUGGUUAUAGUUGAUCAAGCGGAGGUGGAAGCUGAAACAUCAACUGAGACUGAGCCGGCACCUAACAUUUUAGAGAUUAUGAGUAGCACUUUGGGUACUAGCACUCCACGAGAAAACUCGCUAGAAAUGGCGAGUCAUCCCGUGGAAGAAACCAUACAUAUCGACGAAGGUGAGGUGGCUGGCCAGGAUGACACUGCGGCAGAAGUUUUCGAUACUCCAGAAGAGCCUGUAAGCAGUGGGGGUUUAACUGACGCGGCUCAGACUGAUGCAGCGCCAAUGGAGGGGCAGAAGGAUGUCCCGUUCUACAUUAUUGAAAAGAAGCCGCACGCGGCCACAGAGCCUCUACCAAGACGCGCUAUGGCCUUUGAGCUGCUCCGAGCUUCGCUGCUGAAUCUGCUGGAUCGACGCGAGGCUAGUACCGUCAAGAUUGCGAUGCAGUACGACUUGCUGCGCAACCCCGACGUACGAGACCGCGACGCUGUGAUCCGCUUGAUGAAUGCUGACGGAUUACUUGUUCUCAACCAUUUGCUGAACUCGUAUGCAACUGAAGUGCUUGAAGACGAGGAGGAAGAAACUAAAGACGAUUCACCGGAAAAGAUCCGCGAGCGCAUGGAACGUGACGACGAACUUCUACAUGUUUUAAAGAUUGUGGCGAUGCUUCCAACACCGUCGAGAGACCAAGUGAUCGCAUCGAAUAUUGGGAAGACUAUUAAUUAUCUAACCAAGAAGCGUGGACCGCCAGGGCGCAAAAGUGUUCUACCCAAGUGUAUCACGGCUCUGGCGAAAUGGAUCAAGAGUUCGUGGAUCAAGAAUAUCCCUCCAGCUCCGAAGGUGUCGCCCAAGGCAGCUUUCAAGCCUCGACAGCCAGCGAGUCGACCUCAACAACAAGCUCGACGUGGCGGACGCGGCGGAUCUCGUGGACGCCCAAAUCUCCAGUUGAAUCGACGACAGCCGCCGCCAUCAAAGCGACCGCAGCGUCAGGUCUCGUUGGUUCCAAGGACUCCCCCAGAAGAGCAGCGCAUUCCGGUCGACAACACGCCGAUCCCUCGGCUUCCACGUCUAUCGUCCCAGCGAGCGGUUGCUACCUCUGCUCCUGCUCCACCGCAGCCUCCAGCUCCACGUCGUGUCACUGGUGGACUCAAGCCAGACUGGAUGAGACAGAAGGAGAAUCUAUCGCGCUCUCGCUUCUGCAUUGAUGAUUACACGAACGUUGACACGAGGCUGUAUCGGGAUAAUCGAGCGCAUCCUAUCACGAACGUGCCGGUGGUGGGCACGCCUUCUCAAGCAUUGACACAGCAGGACCAAAAUCCGGACCAACACGAAGACGCUGGUGGUCCUGACGGAGUGUUUGGACGAUCUCAAAGACUCCGUUUUGGCAAACGCUGGAGUACUCAAGAGUUCGGGAUGAUGGAUCCUCCGGGCACUCUAAGACAACCUCCGAGGUCAUACUCGAUGCCUUCUUAUUCCCGCUCGCUGUACUCGGAUCAGUAUGCAUCUGUGUAUGUGCCGCCUGUGCCGAAUUCGUCUCGUCGACCUCGAUCCAUUCUGCGGCGUGUCAGUCGGUAUAAUGAUGAGCCUGCUAUUGACGGACCAGGAAGCUGAUUCCGUCUGGAUGAACGAUAGAGAUCACUCCAGUGGCGUGGGCUUGUGAGAUCAACUACUACAUGUACUGUAGUAGUAGUUUUUUUUACCAGCAUUCCACAGAUCAACAUGAAGCUUCUUGCAGACGCUUAACGUUAUUCUUCGACACUUAAGUUGACCUCGCACAGAAUAAAUCAUUGACUACUGUAGAUGCUCGGCCUUCUUCGUCGGUCUUUUAUUGUCCAGGACUCGCGCAGAUAUGAAAUGAGGUCCUGGUAAUCGUACAAUAACAACGGGGUUAGCGGAUAACUUUAACAAUUAUUGAAUGAAAUGCGGA